AUCAUACCCUUUUCAAGCAUUUUACAUACUAAUUAAACAGGUUUAAUUUUUUAAAAUGGCACCCAAAAAAAAAGAGGAAGAGCGCGAAUCUUGUAUGGGAGUAUUUACAUUUCAUGAUGGCAGUGUUUAUGAAGGACACUUUAUCAAAAAAGAUCCACCAGCUGAUCCGACACAACCAGUUUCUGGAAGUCGUCUCUCUUCAACAGCUGCAGCAAAAUUGAACACUAGUACACCUAAUUUAGAGCGAGGAACUUCUACGCCGACAGUGAUCCCACAUGGUGUUGGAGUAUUUCGUGAUUGCAGUGGGGCUAUCUACGAUGGUCAAUGGUUAGAUGGAAAGAUGUGUGGGACUGGUACCUUAACCUUUCCAAGUGGCUGCAACUAUAAAGGUGACUUUUUGGUUAAUUAUUACCAUGGUGUGGGAAAGUAUGCAUGGCCUGAUGGUUCAUAUUAUAAAGGUGAAUGGAAACAUAGUAUGAUGAAUGGAAAUGGUAUCUACAUGGAUGUUUCAGGGAAGUGUUGGCAUGGUACUUUUAUUGAUGGUGGGUGUACUUCUGCGGUUGCCGAACAGGUAUUCUAAAGAAGAGUCAAGUUUUGGCUGAAAUACGCAUGUUCCCAAAUACUUUUUGGACAUUAAUUGAUGAACUUUAUAAUUUCACGCGAUUAUUUUUCACACAAUUUUUUUGAAUAUUAUGUACUUUAUGGUCUACGUUCAUUGUUUCCAAUAAUAAUAAAAA